CCAUAUGAUUUUUAAUUCUACUUGAAUUAUUUCAUUUCUAUUCUACAGGACGAAGCUCGUGGAAAAAAGUGCAGUCUAGAUAGGCAGCAAGCGCUCUGGGUUUCGAGACGCAGUCAGUCUGUGCUGCUCAUUUGCACUCAUAUAUCGGUCCGCUCGCUAAUGCUGGAGGAACUAACGUUAAACCUUUUAAAACCCAUUUCUACAGCUUCACGUCCGACUGAAUCCAAUGUGUGGAGUUCAUCCGGGAUUCUGGAGUGAUCUGAAGAGAAGUUUGAGCUCUUUCUGUUUUUACUGGAGCUAAUGUUAGCCUGCUAGCUCUUUAAUCCGUGUUUAUAAACCUGAUCAAGUCAACAUGAAGAUUACUGUGGAUUUCGAGGAAUGUCUCAAGGAUUCUCCCAGAUUCAGAGCCACUAUCGAGGAGGUGGAGGGCGACGUCUGUGAGCUCGAGUCCAAACUAGACAAGCUGGUGAAACUAUGCAUUGGGAUGAUAGAUGCUGGAAAAGCGUACAACACGGCCAACAGACAGUUUGUGAAUGGGAUUCAGGAGUUGGCACAGCAGUCUGCCAAAGAUGAUGUCAUUGAGUCCAGCCUGAGCAAGUUUGCUGAGAAUCUUCAAGAGAUGAUCAACUAUCACUCGAUUUUAUUUGACCAAGCACAACGAUCAAUCAAAUCACAGCUACAGACAUUCAUUCAAAAGGACCUUCGGAAAUUUAAAGAAGCCAAGAAACAGUUUGACAAAGUGAGCGAGGAGAAAGAAGCAGCCUUGUCCAAAAAUGCCCAGGUGCCUCGAAACAAACAGCACGAGGUGGAGGAGGCCACCAACAUCCUCAUCGCCACGCGCAAGUGCUUCCGCCACAUCGUCCUGGACUACGUGCUGCAGAUUAAUGUGCUGCAGUCCAAGAGACGAUCAGAAAUCCUCAAAUCGAUGCUGUCUUUCAUGUACGCCCACCUGACCUUCUUCCAUCAAGGUUAUGAUCUAUUCAGUGAACUACAACCCCUCAUGAAACAAUUGACUGGACAGCUGGAUCAGCUGGUGAUGGACUCCACAAAAGAAAGGAAAGAUAUGGAGAUGAAACACUCGACUAUUCAACAGAAGUUGUUAACCUGCUCUCUCUUCUUUUCUGACUGCUCAUAUGAGGCCGUGCUGCAGGACUUCUCGAAUGACGACACCAAGCUGGAGUACAACGUGGACGCAGAGAAUGGGAUCGCCAUGGAGGGAUAUCUGUUCAAGAGAGCCAGCAAUGCCUUCAAAACCUGGAACAGACGGUGGUUCUCAAUUCAGAACAAUCAGCUUGUGUACCAAAAGAAAUUUAAGGAUAACCCUACGGUUGUGGUGGAAGACCUGCGCUUGUGCACCGUCAAACACUGCGAGGACAUCGAGCGCAGAUUCUGCUUCGAAGUGGUUUCUCCAACAAAGAGCUGUAUGAUGCAGGCGGACUCUGAGAAACUCAGGCAGGCCUGGAUCAAAGCCGUCCAGAACAGCAUCGCCACAGCCUUCAGGGACAGAGCAGAGGACGCCGAGAAGAUGGACAGGAAGUCGUCUGCAUCUACAGGCAGCCUGGAGUCUGGCGGCGAGGUGAAGGAGAGGAGUCUGAAGGGCGAGAGCGCGCUGCAGAGGGUCAUGGCCAUCGGCGGGAACAGCAUCUGCUGUGACUGCGGUCAGCCGGAGCCACGCUGGGCCAGCAUCAACCUGGGCAUCACGCUCUGCAUCCAGUGCUCGGGCAUACACAGGAGUCUCGGCGUUCAUUUCUCGAAGGUCCGAUCUCUGACGCUGGACACGUGGGAGCCUGAGCUGCUCAAGCUGAUGUGUGAGCUGGGGAACGGUGUGAUCAAUCAGAUCUACGAGGCUCGACGAGAAGAAUCAGGAGCCAGGAAACCCCAACCAGGAGAUCCCAGGCACGAGGUGGAGGCCUACAUCAGAGCCAAGUACGUGGAGCGCAGGUUUGUGCAGAGGCUCUCUGAAGACGAGAUCAGACAGAAGGUUUUAGCGCUGAGUAAACAAGAUAAGGCUCUCAGCGGCGGUUCUUCAAGAGGAGCAUCAGCAUCGAGUCCCCGUCCGCCGUCCUCUUCCUCGGCGAACCAGCAGUCUCUCUUCUGUGUAGACGAGCUCGAUUCUCUCUUCUCCUACUUUAACACCUCCGCCAGACCCUGCUGUCUGAAGAGCUCAGACGGUGACGUGCAGAGCCUCACAGACGGCAGCAGAGAGACGCUGAGUUCAAGCUCUUCCUCCAGCAACACAGAGCCUCACGAGGAGAGUCCAGCUGAAGAUCUGCAGGUGUUCUGCGAGCCGAAGCAGCUGACGCCGGGUCUGCAGCUGUACUGGGCGUCGUUCUCCCGCAGUCUGCCGGACAUGACCCAAGCUCUCGCCCACGGAGCGGGAGUCAACUGGACCAACACGGAGCACGAGAACAGGACGCCGCUCAUCAUGGCCGUCCAUGGGGGGUCUCUGGUCACCUGUGAGUUCCUGCUCCAGAAUUCAGCCAGUGUUAACCAGCAGGACAGUCUGGGAAGAGGACCUCUACAUCACGCCACUAUCCUGGGUCACACGGGGCAAGUGUGUUUAUUUCUAAAACGGGGAGCCAAUCAGAAUGCAGCAGAUGUAGAGAAUCAGACGCCGCUUUCAAUCGCGGUCGAGGCUGCAAACGCUGAUAUCGUCACGCUGCUUCGGCUGGCCAAGAUGAACGAGGAGAUGCGUGAAUCCGAAGGAGAUGAGACGUACCAGGACAUCUUCCAAGACUUCUCUCAGAUGGCAUCGAAUGACCCAGACAAACUCAACCGCUACUGAGGUGUAUCUCACCACAACAACCUCCUCAAAAUCAGUUGCGUUGCCCACAUAAUCUGGGUGACACCAGUUGAAUUAUUGCGUUUUUAUUGUAAAUGUAGAUAAAACUAUUUCAUUCAUUGAGCAAUUGGCUCUCUAUAUAGAUUUACAGAUGAACGAGAGAGUCAUGUAAUAUUUGAGCCGUAGGACUUCAUUUAUGAAACAUGCUGAAUGAAUGUUUGUGUUCAUUAAACGUUAAAUAAAUGCGGCUGGUUUUACAAACAAUUUACACAAAUCCAUUCUGCGUUCGCGUUUCAUAAACGAGGCCCGGUUUUAGCUAAAUAGUACAUAUUAGUAGCAAAUUGCAUUGGUGCAUGACUGUAGAGCAAGGAUUAAACCAUUCAUGUUUACAUCAUUUCAAAAAACUAUACUUUCACUACAUCAUUUACUUAACUAUUGUUCGUUUUUGGAAGAGGAAAUCUCGUGUUAGCAUGAACACCACACUUUCUUUAUCUGUUCAAAUAGUAUACAAGUCAAAUGUAUUCCUCCCACGGUGUGAGGGGUGUGUAAAUUGUAUAUAUUCUGUACAUACGUCAUCUUGGGUUGGGAAGUUUAUUUUGUGGUACUUCAGAUGUUUUGAUAAGCUUGUCUGCAUCCGUUGUGUGCCCCUUUUGUAUUCAUAUUGUAAUCCUCUAUGUAUGAUCGAAGCGCUUUUUUAAGAAUUUAUCCAUUGCAAAUGUCUGACUGAAAAUAUCUCAAAAUAUAUUAUAAAUUGUUUGCCCUACGUUUUUAUAAUGUCUUCUUUAUGUACACAAUGUUAACAUUUUGAAUUAUAAUUAUAUAAUGUCAUACAUUUUUAUAUAAUAUUGAUAAAAUCCUUAACCAUAUACAAUUAUUUUCUGUAAAUAUACACACACACACAACUUUUUUGUUAAUCAAAAUUCUAGUCUAAACCAAAGUGUUAAGCCUAUAGUCUAAGCGGUCUCGUUUCUACCGCACACUAUCAGAUUGUGUAAAGUGGCCCCCCAUGCAGCAGGGUUGCCAUGUUUGUAAUAGGCACAGCUCUGCGGCAGAGGCUGAUUUAUAUAAACACUGGCGCUGUCUAUCUAUAAUGCAGCAGUCGUUCAGUGACGGUGACCUCAUGCCCCUGCCAGCUGUGCACUGACUCACCUUUUUUAUGUCGUGCUUUUAUAAACUGAGAACAUUACCCAUU